AUGUCUAUGACAGUGGGUGAAUGCCUCCUCUGCGGUCUCCAAGAGCCAUACAAGGCUGUGCUGCUUGAAGCACGGUUGGAGCAGGCCAACCUGCUGAAGAAGGUCGUCGACGCCAUCAAAGACCUCGUACAAGACUGCAACUUCGACUGCAAUGACUCCGGCGUUGCCCUCCAAGCCAUGGACAAUUCCCACGUCGCCCUCGUCUCCAUGAUGCUCAAAGCCGAAUCCUUCUCUCCUUUCCGCUGCGACCGCAACAUCGCGCUAGGCAUCAAUCUCACCUCGCUCAUGAAGGUGCUGCGAUGCGCGCAAAACGAGGAUAUUCUAACAUUGAAGGCGGAAGAUGCGCCAGAUGUCGUAAACUUAGUAUUCGAAAGCAGCGAGAGUGAUAGGCUGAGCGAGUAUGACAUUAAGCUUAUGGAUAUCGAUCAAGAGCACUUGGGCAUACCUGAGACUGAGUAUGCGGCUACAAUUACGAUGCCUUCGGCGGAAUUUCAGAGGAUCUGUAGGGAUCUGAUGGCCUUGUCGGAAUCAGUUGCCAUCGAAGCUACAAAGGACGGCGUCAAAUUCUCCUGCUCCGGCGAUAUUGGCAAUGGAGCUGUCACCCUUCGAAGCCAUACCAAUGUCGAUAAACCAGACCUCAAUGUCGAGAUCGCCCUCUCGGAACCCGUCGCUCUGACCUUCUCCCUCAAGUACCUUGUCAAUUUCUGCAAAGCCAGCGGCCUCUCAAGCACUGUCAAGUUGUGUCUGUCCAAUGAGGUGCCGUUGCUCGUUGAGUACGGUUUGGCAUCCAAUAGCUAUUUGAGAUUCUACCUAGCUCCGAAGAUUGGUGACGAGGAGUGA